AUGAAUCAUUCAUCAAAUGCACCACCUAUAAAACCACUACUCCCACUACGAAAACAACAACAGUUUGCAAAUGGGGGCCCCAGAUUGUCUCUAGGGACAGCUUCUAGAUCAUCAACAUUACAAUCAACAGUUGGGACAACGACUCCAUUCAGUAACGUUUAUGGCGCAAGAGGUGCUACAAGUGCGAAUGGGUACGGUCAGCAGCAAGCAAAUCCAAGACACAGUUUUCAAGGAAAUGUACAAUCUGCGUUCAUAAAUGAUGCUACACCUUCAACUGGAAACAAGCGAAGAUCGGUUUUGUAUUCAGUUCCUGCUUCAACCAAUAAAAAGAGGACAAGUGUGGGUAUACCUUCGCUGCAGGUUUCACAACUUGCAAAUGCUCCAAGGACGCUGUUUCAAUUACUGCAAGAGCUGCAACAACAACAACCAGCCACUAAUCGACACUUAAACUCUUCACAACCGACUCCCCUGUCAUCACAACUGAUACCACUUCAAUCACAUAUACCACAACCUCAAUAUGGAGUACUACAUCUGGUACCUACAGAUAGAGCUGUCAACAGAGCCAGACAGGAACAAAUGGCACAGAAAAUAUACAAGUUUCUAGCCACCAACCACUUUGAAGUUAGGACAUCAAUAUCCUUGAAUGAAAACACCCUAAAGAUUCCCACACAACGAAAUUUCUAUGAAAUUUUCAAAUUCAUGUACCACUUCAUUGAUCCAUCAUAUGUUUUUCGUAAGUCAGCAGAGCAAGAAAUAAUUCCAUUACUAAAGUCAUUACAAUAUCCAGCACUCGGUACGAUAUCACGUUUACAAUUUAAUGCGGUUGGAGGACAAAAUUGGCCUAAUUUCUUGGCCAUUCUUGAAUGGAUACUAACUUACAUUGAAUCGAAUGUGGCCAUUGUCGAUGAUCUCAGCCCCAAUGAUGAUUUUGACCGCAUUUUCAUGGGAUACAACUAUAGCUGCUACCUCAAAUUUCUUGAUGCCGAUGAGGAUUACGAAGCACCACACCAACAAAUGUUGAAAGAGUUUGAAGAAGAGAUGGAAAAAUUCAAAACUCAAGAAAAGAACCUUUCGGUUCAAAAGAGCAAAUUGAAUGAAAAUUAUGAGCAAUUGUUGAAUGAUUUAAAACUAAGAGAUGACGCUGAUAGGAAAACAAGAGCCUUGGAAGAAGACUUUACCAAACUUCGUGAAUAUAUUGAAGAAGUGCAAAAGAGAAUACCAGAAUGGAGUGCCAAAUUGCACCAGUUGCUGGAUGAAGUAUAUUCUGCCAAUGAAAACUUGAAAACUUUACAAAAGGAACGAGAUACCUUGGAGCAAGAAUUUCAAGCUAGUGGUGUUUCAAUCAAAGACAUUACUGAUUUGGAAUUGAAACGUGACAAGCUAUCAAAAACAAUUGAAGCUGAAAAUGUGAAAUUGGAGAGGAAAAAAGAUGAUCUUCAAGAAAGGAUAGCUGAUACCGAGAAUGGUUGUUUUACCAUUGAAAAAUUGGUGGUCAGUUAUAACAGUAUUGUUGAGAAAUUCAACUAUAGCAACUCCAACGGGUAUACAUUCGGUUUACAACUCAAAGACUUAAUUGAUUCCAACAUUGCCUAUGGAAGAGAUGAACUAUUCAAAGACAAGACCCUUGGAGAAGAGUCGAAUCAAUUAAGCUUGUUGCGUGGAAGUAUUGAUGCUAAAUUAAGUCAAAAUAGAGUCGAGCUUGAUAAAAUCAAUGAACAACUUGACUCAAUGCAAGAAUAUGCCGCUGGUCAACGAACCAAUUUGGCCACUAUUCAGAAUGAUGAGUACAAGCAAAAACGUAGCAAUGAUGAGAAAUCACAGCAAAUUUACAGCCUACAAGCCAAAAUGUCGGAGGAUAUUGAAGAUCGUGAGAAAAAGAUUAGGGAUACCAAAUCAUCAAUCACUGGCAACAUCCUCAAUUAUGAACGUGAAUUUCAAGAUGCACAUUUGAAUAAAAAAAUUGUUAUUCAAGAUUUGCAGCAAAAGCAGUUGGAAAUUGAUCAACAGCUUUUCAGGAUUCAGGCAUUCAUUACCAAGUUCAAAACUUCUUUAAGUGAGAGAUUAAUAUCCGCUUAUGACCAUUUCAGUUGA